AUGGUGUAUACCCCUAGGGCUGUUUUCAAGGUUCGACCAGUAACCAGGUCCAGUAAUGCUAUUGCUGGUCAUGGAUCUACCAUAUUGUGCUGUCAAUUUGCACCCAACGAUUCGGGGAGAAUGUGUACUGGUGCUGGAGAUUCCACUGCAAGAAUCUGGGACUGUAACACCCAUACUCCUUUUAAAACACUCACUGGUCAUACCAACUGGGUUCUUUGUGUUGCAUAUUCACCUUGUGGAACAAUGAUAGCCACCGGAUCCAUGGAUAAUACCAUAAGGCUAUGGGAUGCCAAGCUGGGUGCUGCGUUGGGUUCAGCUUUAUCAGGCCAUUCCAAGUGGGUUUCCAGCUUAACAUGGGAGCCACUCCACUUGGUGACCCCAGGGAACCUGCCAAGGUUGGCAUCUGGGUCCAAGGAUGGUUGUGUCAAAGUUUGGGAUACCACUCGUAGAGUAUGCUUAUUGACAUUGAGUGGCCAUACAAAUUCCGUUUCUUGUGUCAAGUGGUCAGGAUCAAACUUGAUAUACAGUGCAUCUCAUGACAAGACAAUUCGGGCAUGGGACAUAUCCGCUGGAGGUAAAUGCUUGCAAAUUUUGAAGAGCCAUGCCCAUUGGGUAAACCAUCUAGCUAUUUCCACAGACCACGCCCUCAGAAGUGGAGGUUUCGACCACACUGGAACCACCGCCAAGUUGUCACAAGCAGAGCUCAUUGCCAAGGCAAAGGAGCAGUACCAAAAAGUGGCCGUUCUCAAUGGAAGUGAGCGUGAGCGUCUCGUCACUGCAAGUGAUGAUUUCACAAUGUAUUUGUGGGAACCACUCAAAUCGUCAAAACCUGUGUGUCGUAUGACCGGACACCAGAAGCUCGUUAAUCAUGUUUCAUUUUCACCGGACGGUAGAUAUGUGGUGUCGAGUUCAUUUGAUAAUUCAAUCAAGCUCUGGGAUGGAAUUAAAGGUACAUUUAUCGGAACAUUCCGUGGCCAUGUGGCUCCUGUAUAUCAAACCGCAUGGUCUCCGGAUAGCCGUCUUCUUGUUAGCUGCUCGAAAGAUACUACAUUGAAGGUGUGGGACGUAAGAACCAGGAAACUUUCGGUAGACUUGCCUGGACAUGCUGACGAGGUGUAUGCAGUAGAUUGGAGUAUGGAUGGUAAGAGAGUUGCCUCAGGAGGCAAAGAUAAAAUGGUACGCAUAUGGUCUAGCUAG